GCAACUUCAGCCACAUCUUUGUCCAGCUUGGCAUGUAUGCACACAGUCCGCUGGGCCGCUUGGAACCCCUCGCUGGGAGCCGGUCCUGGGAGGGUGACCUUGCCUCUGCAGGGCGGGAUCCAGCUCAACCCUUUUCACCGGCUGGUCUAUAAAGUGCCCUCAGCCAGCAUGAGCUCCGAAGAGGUGAAGCAGGUGGAGUCAGGAACGGUCCAGUUCCAGUUCUCCCUGAGCUCCGAAGAACACCAGGACACACCCACAGAGCAUGCCAGCAGCACCAGAGCAGAGCGGAGGCCCUCCAGGAAGCCACCCACGUCCCCAUCAAGCCCUCCAGCGCCAGCACCCCAGGGUCUUGCUGCCACCCAGGACUCGCCUGUGGGACCAGGGUUGUCACUUUCCCAGCUGGCAGCUUCCUCACAGUCCCCAGCUCAGCGCCGCUCAGCCCGACCCACUUUACAGCAGCCAGGCGGCUCUCAGCCCUCCCCGGCCCAGGCACAGGAGCUCCCGUUGGAGGGCAGGAUCUCUCACUUGGAAGCUGACCUGAGCCAGACUUCCUCUGUUCUGGAAACAUCCGUCGAACAGCUACAGGAGCUGCCUUUCACACCUUUACAUGCUCCUAUCGUUGUGGGAACCCAGACCAGGAGUUCUACAAGUCAGAUUUCAAGAGCCUCAAUGGUGCUUCUGCAGUCCUCUGGCUUUCCUGAGAUUCUGGAUGCCAAUAACCAGCCCGCUGAAGCUGUGAAUCCUACAGAUCCUGUGAAGUUUAACCCUCAAAAGGAAGAAUCAGAUUGUCUUCAGAGCAAUGAAAUAGUGCUACAGUUUCUUGCCUUUAGCAGAGCAGCCCCGGAUUACCGAGGAACGCCAUGGCCAAAGACUGUGUAUUUCACCUUCCAGUUCUACCGCUUCCCACCUGCGACAACGCCACGACUGCAGCUGGUCAAGCUGGACAAGGCUGGGAAGACUGGCUCAGGCUCCCUGUCCCACGUCCUUGUUCCAAUCAAUAAAGACGGUGCCUUUGAUGCUGGGUCUCCUGGCUUCCAGCUGAAGUAUAUGGUGGACCCCGGAUACCUAAAACCUGGAGAGCAGCGCUGGUUCCUCCGCUACCUGGCUGCGCAGACCCUGCAGCUUGAUGUCUGGGAUGGGGACUCCUUGCUUCUCAUUGGAUCUGCUGCUGUUCAGAUGAAGCAUCUCCUCCGCCAAGGGCGGCCAGCCGUGCAGGUCUCCCAUGAGCUUGAGGUUGUGGCGACUGAAUAUGAGCAGGACAUGGUGGUGGUGAGUGGAGAUGUGUCCAGGCUUGGCAGUGUCAGGCCCAUCGGCGUCCACACCGUGGUGAAGGGCUGGCUGCACCUGACCUUGGCCAACGUGGGUCACUCGUGUGAACAGAGAGUGAGAAAGUCCAGUGCAUUGCCGCCGUCCAGGUCUCGAGUCAUCUCGAAUGAUGGAGCUGGCCGCUUCUCUGGAGGCAGCCUCCUCAUGAGUGGAGGCCCAAGACCGGCGCGUGUGGUGCAGGCACAGAAGCUGGCCGACGUGGACAGCGAGCUGGCCGCCGUGCUGCUGAGCCACCCACCGGGUAGUGCGGGGCCCCGGAGUGCCGGCUGCGAGGCGGACGCCAUCCGCAGGCGCAAGCUGGAGCGGAUGAGGGCCGUGCGCCUGCAGGAGGCUGGGGCAGAGUGCGGCGGCGGCCGCAGGACCAGCAUGCUGGCUCAGCAGAGUGUCCGUGCACAGCACUUGCGGGACCUGCAGGUCAUUGACGCCUACCGCGAGCGCACCAAGGCUGAGAGCAUUGCCAGUGUGCUGAGCCUGGCCAUCACCACGCACCACACACUCUAUGCCACGCUGGGCACGGCCGAGUUCUUCGAGUUUGCACUCAAGAACCCCCACAAUACGCAGCACACGGUGACCAUUGAGAUCGACAAUCCUGAGCUUAGUGUCGUCCUGGACAGCCGGGAGUGGCGGUACCUCAAAGAUGCUGCUGGCCUUCUCACACCGGUGGAGGAGGACAUGUUCCGCCUGCAGGGCAGCCUGUCCCCCCAGCUCUAUCUGCGCCCCCGGGAGGUCAUCCACAUCCCCUUCAAGUACCAGAGCUUCUCCAUGGGGCAGCUGGCCCAGGCGCAGGCCUCCGCUGAGCUGCACUCCGAGGAGGGCACAGAUGCUGGGUCCACUUGGAAGUCUAGCACGAUGCCCACCAAACAUGCCAAGGUCGUGUUCCGAGCAAGCCGUGGCAAGCCCCUCGCUGUGCUCUGCCUGACCGUGGAGCCACAGCCCCACGUGGUGGACCAGGUCUUCCGCUUCUGCCACCCAGAGCUCACCUUCCUGAAGAAGGCCAUCCGCCUGCCCCCCUGGCGCACACUUCCAGGAGCUCCCGUGGGAAUGCCUGGUGAUGACCCCCCAGUCCAUGUGCGCUGUAGCGACCCGAACGUCAUCUGUGAGACCCAGAAUGUGGGCCCCGGGGAGCCACGGGAUGUGUUUCUGAAGGUGGCCAGUGGUCCAAGCCCGGAGAUCAAAGACUUCUUUGUCAUCAUCUACAUGGAUCACUGGCUGGCGGUGCCUGUGCAGACAUGGCAGGUGUACCUGCACUCCCUGAAGCGUGUGGACGUGUCCUGUGUCACGGGCCAGCUGACCCGCCUGUCCCUUGUCCUUCGGGGGAUGCAGACUGUGAGGAAAGUGAGAGCGUUCACCUCACACCCCUGGGAGCUGAAGACGGACCCCAGUGGGGUUUUUGUGCUGGCACCUCACGGGGUGCAGGACCUGCACAUUGGCCUGAGGCCCUGGAGGGCUGGCAGCCGCUUCGUGCGCCUCAACCUGGUGGACGUGGACUACCACCAGCUGGUGGCCUCGUGGCUCGUGUGCCUCUCCUGCCGCCAGCCACUCAUCUCCAAGGCCUUUGAGAUCACACUGGCUGCGGGUGAAGGGAAGGGCGCCCACAAGCGGAUCACCUACACCAACCCCUACCCCUCCCGGAGGACCUUCCACCUGCACAGCGACCACCCUGACCUGCUGCACUUCAAGGAGGACUCCUUCCAGGUCGGAGGAGGAGAGACGUACACCAUCGGCCUUCAGUUUGCACCCGGUCAGAGAGCGGGAGAGGAGGAGAUUCUGAUUUACAUCAACGACCACGAAGACAAAAAUGAAGAGACAUUUUGCGUGAAGGUCAUCUACCAGUGAGGGCGUGGCCUCGAGGGGCUGCCCUGUCCCUGGUGUGCCUGCUCUUGCUCUGUAGGCUAGUCCUGGCCUCUCUGCAGCGUUUGACCACAGCGACCCCCCAGGUCACCUGUGAGCAUGGCCUGUGACCAUUUUCGUAGCACCUGCACCCAGUCUGGCUGCUGUGACAGCAACAAAGACCACAAGGCUGAGCUAUGAGGUGCGCGUGGGACCCGCUUCAUGUCCCUGUUGCUCACGGAGGUUGUCACCGCUGUGACUUUGUUUUGAUUUGCUUUUAGCAGAAUGUAUUUUAUGAAUAAUUCCGAAAUGAUAAAGUCACGUCUUCCUUGCUGGAUUUUGUACAAACACGAUAUAUUAUUUGCUAUGCAAUGUUUUAUACUGGUAUUAUUUUGUAUCUUUUUUGAAGUUAUUGAAUGGAAUACUCAUCUUUUACACGUUU